CGCGGCGCCGCCGUCAGAGGCUGAGCGCAGCCGGCAGCGGCGCAGCUCCAAAUUGGGGACCCGCGUCCUCGCCGCUGCUCAUGCGGGGCCGCAGCCAGUGACGCCGAAGAGGUGUCCCCACUGCUUCUGGGAGUGACUGACCAGGGCCGCAAGGAUGGCUGGGGCCUCGGUGAAGGUGGCGGUGCGUGUCCGCCCCUUCAACUCCCGGGAAAUGAGCCGUGACUCCAAGUGCAUCAUUCAGAUGACCGGGAGCACCACCACCAUCAUUAACCCCAAACAGCCCAAGGAGACACCCAAGAGCUUCAGCUUCGACUACUCCUACUGGUCACACACGUCGCCAGAGGACAUCAACUAUGCCUCGCAGAAGCAGGUGUACCGGGACAUUGGCGAGGAGAUGCUACAGCAUGCCUUCGAGGGCUACAAUGUGUGCAUCUUCGCCUACGGGCAGACAGGGGCCGGCAAAUCCUACACCAUGAUGGGCAAGCAGGAGAAAGACCAGCAGGGCAUCAUCCCACAGCUCUGUGAGGACCUGUUCUCCCGAAUCAAUGACACGACCAAUGACAACAUGUCCUACUCCGUGGAGGUCAGUUACAUGGAGAUCUACUGUGAGCGAGUCCGUGACCUUCUGAACCCCAAGAACAAGGGCAAUCUGCGUGUGAGGGAGCACCCGCUCCUGGGGCCUUACGUGGAGGACCUGUCCAAGCUGGCUGUGACCUCCUACAAUGACAUCCAGGACCUCAUGGACUCUGGGAACAAGGCCAGGACGGUGGCAGCAACGAACAUGAAUGAGACGAGCAGCCGCUCCCACGCUGUAUUCAACAUCAUUUUCACGCAGAAGCGCCAUGAUGCUGAGACCAACAUCACUACUGAGAAAGUCAGCAAAAUCAGCCUGGUGGACCUGGCCGGGAGUGAGCGGGCUGACUCCACGGGAGCCAAGGGCACGCGCCUCAAGGAGGGGGCCAACAUCAACAAGUCGCUGACCACCCUGGGGAAGGUCAUCUCGGCCCUGGCGGAAAUGGACUCCGGGCCCAACAAGAACAAGAAGAAAAAGAAGACAGACUUCAUCCCAUACCGGGACUCCGUGUUGACCUGGCUGCUCCGGGAGAACCUGGGUGGGAACUCGAGGACAGCCAUGGUGGCCGCCCUGAGCCCUGCCGACAUCAACUACGACGAGACCCUCAGCACCCUGAGGUAUGCCGACCGCGCCAAGCAGAUCCGCUGUAAUGCUGUCAUCAAUGAGGACCCCAACAACAAGCUGAUCCGUGAGCUGAAGGACGAGGUGACACGGCUGCGCGACCUGCUGUAUGCCCAGGGGCUCGGCGACAUCACCGACGUGACCGAAGCCCUGGCCGGCAUGAGCCCCUCGUGCUCGCUCUCGGCCCUGUCCAGCCGUGCAGCCUCCGUGUCCAGCCUGCACGAGCGCAUCUUGUUUGCCCCGGGCAGCGAAGAAGCCAUUGAGAGGCUGAAGGAAACAGAGAAGAUCAUUGCCGAGCUCAACGAGACCUGGGAGGAGAAGCUGCGGCGGACGGAAGCCAUCCGCAUGGAAAGGGAAGCCCUGCUGGCCGAGAUGGGCGUGGCCAUGAGAGAGGACGGCGGCACCCUGGGUGUGUUCUCUCCCAAAAAGACACCACAUCUGGUCAACCUGAACGAGGACCCUCUGAUGUCCGAGUGCCUCCUCUAUUACAUCAAAGAUGGGAUCACCAGGGUGGGCCGGGAGGAUGGCGAGCGGCGGCAGGACAUCGUCCUGAGUGGGCACUUUAUCAAGGAGGAGCACUGUGUGUUCCGGAGCGACUCCCGGGGCGGCAGUGAAGCCAUAGUUACCUUGGAGCCCUGUGAGGGGGCAGACACCUAUGUCAACGGCAAGAAAGUCACGGAGCCCAGCAUCCUGCGGUCAGGCAACCGCAUCAUCAUGGGCAAGAGCCACGUGUUCCGCUUCAACCACCCCGAGCAGGCGCGUCAGGAGCGCGAGCGCACACCCUGCGCCGAGACGCCCGCUGAGCCCGUGGACUGGGCCUUCGCGCAGCGCGAGCUGCUGGAGAAGCAGGGCAUCGACAUGAAGCAGGAAAUGGAGCAGAGGCUGCAGGAGCUGGAGGACCAGUACCGCCGAGAGCGGGAGGAGGCCACCUACCUGCUGGAGCAGCAGCGCCUGGACUACGAGAGCAAGCUGGAGGCUUUGCAGAAGCAGAUGGACUCCCGGUACUGCCCCGAGGUGAACGAGGAGGAGGAGGAGCCAGAGGAUGAAGUGCAGUGGACGGAGCGGGAGUGCGAGCUGGCGCUGUGGGCCUUCCGGAAGUGGAAGUGGUACCAGUUCACGUCCCUGCGGGACUUGCUGUGGGGCAAUGCCAUCUUCCUCAAGGAGGCCAAUGCCAUCAGUGUGGAGCUCAAAAAGAAGGUCCAGUUCCAGUUUGUCCUCCUCACGGACACGCUCUACUCCCCGCUACCGCCUGACCUGCUGCCCCCAGAGGCCGCCAAGGAGCGCGAGACACGCCCCUUCCCCCGCACCAUCGUGGCCGUGGAGGUCCAGGAUCAGAAAAAUGGGGCCACCCACUACUGGACGCUGGAGAAGCUCAGACAGCGCCUGGACCUGAUGCGGGAGAUGUAUGACCGGGCAGCCGAGGUGCCCUCCAGCGUGGUGGAGGACUGCGACAAUGUGGUGACCGGCGGCGACCCCUUCUACGAUCGCUUCCCCUGGUUCCGGCUGGUGGGCAGUUCGGUCAUCUCUGGCUGCGACAGCUACCCUCUUCUGAGCACAUGCAUGAGUGAGCGCAUGGCUGCUCUCACCCCCUCCCCCACCUUCUCGAGCCCCGACUCCGACACCACCGAGCUUGCCGAGGAGCAGAGCGUGGGGGAGGAGGAGGAGGAGGAGGAGGAGCACCUGGAGGACGACGUCUUUCCGGAGCACACGCUGUGCGACGGCCGGGACCCGUUUUACGACCGGCCCCCCCUGUUCAGUUUAGUAGGAAGGGCCUUCGUGUACCUGAGCAACCUGCUGUACCCCGUGCCACUGGUGCACCGCGUGGCCAUCGUCAGUGAGAAGGGCGAGGUCAAGGGCUUUCUCCGCGUGGCAGUGCAGGCCAUCUCAGCCGACGAGGAAGCCCCUGACUACGGCUCUGGCGUCCGCCAGUCGGGGACCGCCAAGAUCUCCUUUGAUGAUCAGCACUUUGAGAAGUUUCAGUCCGAGUCGUGCCCUGUGGGGGGUAUGUCGCGCUCGGGCACCUCCCAGGAGGAGCUCCGCAUCGUGGAGGGCCAGGGCCAGGGUGCGGACGCGGGGCCCUCAGCUGACGAAGUCAACAACAACACCUGCUCAGCGGUGCCCCCGGAAGGCCUCCUGCCAGACAGCCCCGAGAAAGCCGCCCUGGACGGGCCCCUGGACGCGACCGGGCAGCACCUGAGGCUGGGCAGCUCCUUCACGUUCCGCGUCACAGUGCUGCAGGCCUCCAGCAUCUCGGCCGAGUACGCCGACAUCUUCUGCCAGUUCAACUUCAUCCAUCGCCACGACGAAGCCUUCUCCACGGAGCCCCUGAAGAACACGGGCAGGGGCCCCCCACUCGGCUUCUACCAUGUCCAGAACAUCGCUGUGGAGGUGACCAAGUCCUUCAUUGAGUACAUCAAGAGCCAGCCCAUCGUGUUUGAGGUCUUUGGCCACUACCAGCAACACCCGUUCCCACCGCUGUGCAAAGAUGUGCUCAGCCCCCUGAGGCCCUCACGCCGCCAUUUCCCUCGUGUGAUGCCGCUGUCCAAACCAGUGCCUGCCACCAAGCUCAGCACACUGACACGGCCAAGCCCUGGGCCCUGCCACUGCAAGUACGACCUCCUGGUCUACUUCGAGAUCUGUGAGCUGGAGGCCAAUGGCGACUAUAUCCCAGCUGUGGUGGACCACCGUGGGGGCAUGCCAUGCAUGGGCACCUUCCUGCUCCACCAGGGUAUCCAGAGACGGAUAACUGUGACGCUCCUGCAUGAGACAGGCAGCCACAUCCGCUGGAAGGAAGUGCGGGAGCUGGUCGUGGGUCGUAUCCGGAACUCUCCAGAAACUGACGAAUCUCUGGUUGACCCCAACAUCUUGUCUCUCAACAUCCUGUCAUCGGGGUACAUCCACCCAGCUCAGGAUGACCGAACAUUCUACCAGUUUGAGGCCGCAUGGGACAGCUCCAUGCACAACUCCCUCCUGCUCAACCGAGUCACCCCAUACCGGGAGAAAAUCUACAUGACCCUGUCUGCAUACAUUGAGAUGGAGAAUUGCACGCAGCCGGCCGUGGUCACCAAGGACUUUUGUAUGGUCUUCUAUUCUCGUGACGCCAAGCUGCCUGCCUCACGCUCCAUCCGCAACCUGUUUGGCAGUGGGAACCUGCGGGCCUCCGAGAGCAACCGUGUGACUGGCGUGUAUGAGCUCAGCCUGUGCCAUGUGGCGGAUGCGGGUAGCCCAGGGAUGCAGCGUCGGCGUCGGCGUGUGCUGGACACUUCCGUGGCCUACGUCCGUGGGGAGGAGAACCUGGCGGGCUGGAGGCCCCGCAGUGACAGUCUCAUCUUGGACCACCAGUGGGAGCUGGAGAAGCUGAGCCUGCUACAGGAGGUGGAGAAGACUAGGCACUACCUGUUGCUGCGGGAGAAGCUGGAGACGCAGCGCCCGGGCCCCGAGGUGCUGUCCCCGAGCUCCAGCGAGGAUUCCGAGUCCCGCAGUUCCUCGGGCGCCUCCUCCCCGCUCUCAGCCGAGGGUCGCCCGGCACCCCUGGAGGUCCCCAGCGAGAGGCAGCGAGAGCUGGCCGUCAAGUGUCUACGCCUCCUCACGCACACCUUCAACAGGGAGUACACCCACAGCCACGUCUGCGUCAGUGCCAGCGAGAGCAAGCUCUCCGAGAUGUCUGUCACGUUGCUGCGGGACCCGUCCAUGUCCCCUCUGGGGGCAGCCACGCUCACCCCCUCCUCCACCUGCCCCUCUCUGGUUGAAGGGCGGUACGGUGCUGCUGACCUGAGGACCCCCCAACCUUGCUCCCGGCCAUCCAGCCCCGAGCCCGAGCCCACCCUGGAGGCCGAGGCCAAGAAGUUCCCGUCCCUCGCCCGGGCCCCCGAAGCUGACAAGGAGCCACAGCGCUUGCUGGUACCUGAUAUCCAGGAGAUCCGAGUCAGCCCGAUCGUCUCCAAGAAGGGUUACCUGCACUUCCUGGAGCCGCACACGGCUGGCUGGGCCCGGCGCUUUGUGGUGGUGCGGCGCCCCUACGCCUACAUGUACAACAGCGACAAGGACGCCGUGGAGCGGUUCGUACUCAACCUGUCCACCGCCCAGGUGGAGUACAGCGAGGACCAGCAGGCCAUGCUGAAGACGCCCAACACGUUUGCCGUGUGCACCGAGCACCGGGGCAUUCUGCUGCAGGCCAACAGUGACAAGGACAUGCAUGACUGGCUAUACGCAUUCAACCCCCUUCUGGCUGGAACCAUCCGGUCCAAGCUGUCCCGAAGGAGGUCUGCCCAGAUGAGGGUCUGAGCCUCGACCCUCACCCCUGCCCACCCCCCUUCUUUCCUACUCUCGCCUGCCCUCCCCACCAGCCACGCUGAGCCAUGUGAGCCCCUCCUGGGGGCCCACGCUGGCCAGCCGGGCACACGAUCGGCUCUGCCUCCAGCUGGCGCCCACGCUGUGGUGUAUUUCAGCUUGGGGGAGGGGUGGGGGGGACCAGGCACCACCCUGCUGGUGUUUUUUACGUGUAGACAGACUCAUGAUCCGCAUCCCUAGCUAGUGUCCCAAGCCAGCUGGCCAGGUGUCCGAGCUCUAUUUAUAGUAUUUAUUUCUCGGUUUCCACACAAGCCCCGCACCUCGCACCCCAUACUUGUUGGCCAAGCACAGUGGACAGUGAGGCCCUUCCCGGGCCUGGGGGUGAGCAGCAUAGAAGAGGCGCACAUUAUUGGAGGGGAAGGAGGAGGCAGGCCCACCUGCUGUCUGGGCAGCCUCUUGUGCUGUCACUGUGGGAGCAGCAGGUGGCCCAGAGCCUCGGGACUUUCCUGGGCAGGGGCCAGGCCAGACAAGGGUGUGGUCCUAUAGCACGCAGGUUGGCCCUCCCAGGGGUGGCCGUGUGUCUGGGGCUUGAG